CGACGUUCCGUAAGAAGAGACAGACAUGGUCAGAUCGCGGAAUCUACAGGAAUGCUGGCACCGAGAACUGGGCUCGAGGUGAGAGGGUGGUAGUCUUCGUCGGCCGCUUAUUUCGCGCCGUCGACGUCGACCUUGGCGCGGUUGUGAAACGUUCGCCGCGCUCCGUUGCGCGGUUUUUCCCUAAACGCCUCCAAACGAAAUCCGAGCCUCCGUACCCCAUAUGGCCGGUCGCAUCUUGCGGCAUCGAUGUGUUUGUGCGCUUCCUGCGUUGCAGCGGCGGGUCACUUGAAUGCGCGCUCGUCAACGCUUCCCUGCCAGGAAAAUCACACAGUGGUGGAGGCGGGUGCGGCGGGUGCCGUGGUUCGAGCGUAUUGCAUUUGGAGCUGUUGCUUUAGUCGGAACCAGUGCGGCAGAAGAUGACGCGUCGCGCGAAACCGCGAGGCGAAUAUUUUCGCUGUCUGUCGUCGCCUCGCGUUUUGAGGACGACGGCGAUUCCUGCUGCUUGAAAAGUGGGCCGCGCCGAAGCUUUGAGUCUCCCAGCUGCACCUUGAGGGACGUCGCAGGUGUGGGAGAGGUGCGGCACCGGCGCGAGCCCCCGUGUGCAGCGGCUGCCAUGAGCGCUGGCAAUGUCGUCGGCCGCUGAGGAAGGGCCCGUGAUUCCGCUCUUCUACUUUCCCUACGGCCGGCCCCUGUCGGCGCUCGAAGUGGAGAUGGCCUGCCGCGAGCUCAAGCUCGCGCUCAACGACAUCGCCGGCGAUGUUCUCGGGCCCGAGGACUUCGCGCCUCUCGCGCGGGCGUGCUCCCUGCCAGGAUACUUCAAGACGGCGCUGUACCGUGCCGCCGGCGGCGACAAGGACAGGCCCGUCACCAAGGAGCGCUUCUGCAGGUACUACAGCCACCUGGUGGCCAACUUUCCGGAGGAGAGCUCCCGUGCCGUGCACGUGCUGGCACGCGACCGCGACUACCUGACGCAGGAGGACCUGCGGCCUUUGUUCGAGGACUUCUUCGCCAUGCACCCGGACAUGCGCUUUCUGGAGAAGACGCCGCAGUUCCGGGAGCCGUUCAUUGCCACCGCGCUCACCAAAUACUUCUUCCACUCGUCCCGCUCCUGGAAGAACAUGCUCAGCAUCCGGGACUUCAGGGAGAGCCACCUGUUGAGCUCCCUCCGCUGGAUGGAAGAGUCAUCGGAGCUGGACCAGAGCAUGGACGCCUUCAACUUCGGCUCCUUUUACAUGACGUACGCCAUGUUCGAGGGCCUCGACCGCGAUCGGGAUGGCAUGCUCAGUCCGGAAGAACUGCGGAACUUCCAGGGCGGCGCCUUUACCAAUCGUGGUCUGGACAGGAUACUCUGCUCGGCGGUCAUCAAAAGAUACAAUGGCCGGCAGAUGAUGUCCCUACAAGACUUCGUCGUCUUCCACGCUGUCGAGUCCAAUAAGGGGCUUCCCAAGAGCGUCGAGUUCUGGUUCCACUGCUUGGACUUCGACGGCGACGGCUUCAUCACUGUGUACGACAUGCAGUACCUCUACGAGGACAAGCGACGCAUCGUCGAAGUGCACUUUCCCUGCUGCGACUUCGCCGAAGUGGCGCACGAGAUCCUCGAGCGCGUCAAACCACGCAAGCCCGAGUUUAUCGCGCUGUCGGACCUCAAGCGCUGUGAACCCAGUGUGGUGUGCAUGAUUGUCAACACGUUCAUGCUCGUACCGAUGACGGUUAGGUAACUUGGCCAACCAGGCGUCUCUUUCUUUUUUUUUUUUAUUAGUGUCAUUUAAGACCCGGGUCAAGAAUCGAAGCGACAUUGGUUGUUUUUUUCCAGGAGUGAACGACAAGCGCUACUCAAGUGUUCACCGCUGCUGUGAAGUGCGAGACCAGAACAUCGGACCAGAUUGAAAAAAAGUCCUAAACAUAACUAUAAGCGGUGCGCUGUGUGCGGACGUGUGACCACUUUGUGCCGUGUUUCGUGCGAAUCUGGCAGUUGAAAAAUAACGGAGUCAAAAUUUCGGCUUUCCUUCUUUUUUUAUUUUUCCUCCUCUGUGAUGGAUGUAGUUGGAACAAGCGCAACUGUUUCAACGUGAAAAAAAAUUUGUCCAGCCGUUACGUAAA